AUGGAAAAUAAACAACAGAUAUAUCUGAAUGCAAUAGGUAUCAAUGCAAAUGAUACAGAUGCACUCUACGAACUUGCAAUGACACUCGAUAUUGACUCCAACAAUGAUCAAAAGACAAUCUUAAUGCCAUCGGGUGAAUCAAUGAACAAAGAACAACUCUUGUUGAAAAUCAUUGAUAUCAACCCAAAUCAUUCAAAAGCUUAUCAUAAGUUAUCUGUCGCUCUUAAUGAUGAACAUUCAUCUAUCAUUCUUCCAUCAGGCCAAUCAAUGACCGAAAAACAACUACUCUUGAAAUCAAUAGAGUGUAAUCCAUAUAAUUUUGGUGCAUAUUCUAACCUUGCCACUACACUUUCAGAGGGUGAAUCGAUCACACUUAACAAUGGACAAUCAAUGACACAACAACAACUAUACUUAAAGGUAAUAGAAUGUGAUCCAACCAUUUCAAACCCAUAUUAUAACCUUGCAAUUACACUUUCGAGAGGAGAAUCAAUUACACUUAAUAAUGGACAGACCAUGACAGAAAAGCAACUAUUUGCCAAAGCAAUAGAGUGUGGACCAAAUAUUCCACAUUUAUAUGUUAACUUUGCAGAAACACUGUAUGUAAAUGAAACAUUCACCCUCCACAAUGGUGUGACAAUGACAAAGCAACAACUAUUAUUGGAAGCAAACAAGUUGGAUAAUACACAAUCCUGGGUUUACAAAGACAUUGGAUUAACUCUUUUGAACAACAAACAAACCAUCACACUUCCCAAUGGUGAACAAUUAACAAGGAGACAACUCCUUCAAAAAGCAAGAGAAUAA